AUGUGCAGUCAGCACAAAUGGUGCGAACAAGUCGGAGCGGGAAAAGAAGACACCGAGGCAGUAACCUUUGUGCCCCGCUUCCUGGUGACCAUCUCCGAAACAGCGCCCCUCUGCGCACCGUCAUGCUGGACCUCGCAGCAGAUGCAGAGCUCUGUGCAGUAUGAUGGAGAGAAGGAUCACAAGAGGCACAUGCACUUUAGACUGGAGCUAAAAUGCAAUUACAUACUUCCGCGUGGAAUGCCUCGGCAGAGAAUCGUCGUUUCAGUGCAUGCUCCAUUUGGAGAAUUGGCCGGUUCACUGGAUCAAAAGCUUGAAGACAGGGUAUUGCCUUCUGGUAAGGGGCCGCCCUCGUUGUGGACAAUGAUUGCCAUCGGAAAGUUGGGCCCGGCAGGUCUGUUCUUGAGGCUGGAGGUGAAACUCAGGCUCAGCACGUCUUUGAUCACAUCCACGCAUCGGCCUGCCAAGCUGCAUCCAAUCCGGGAAGAUUCGUUGGCCUUGGCGACUU